AUGCUCAUCACGCCGGAGGAGUAUGCCGCGCUGCCCCCGUCAAUCCAGAAGAAGUACUUCUCGUCCGUCGAGCGGCUACGCAUUGCACAACAGGCCGCCGCUCAAAAACGCAACAAGCAGAGCAACAAGGACCACUCAUGGCUAUCGCCUAAGCCAUCCUUGGAUUCCGCCAGGCCAAAGACUGCCCACUCAUUCCGGCCGUCAUCUUCCCUGUCGCACCUUUCACCAUUCAGGAAACCCAGCCACUCUCGAUCGGAAGCGGACGUAGAUGAAAGUCAGGCCUUGUGGUUCCUGGCCCUGCCUGAUAAAUUGAAGCGCUCCAAUUUCACUUCAGAGGAGCUCACACUGCUCACCGAGAGCUCAGAGCGAGUACUGGGCAUCUCCACCACGUCGGAAAACAGUGUGUCGAGAAGGACGACUCUCGACCGAAAUGAGAGCAGGAUCUCAUAUCAUUAUCCGUCAUUAGUUUCUGAGGAGUUCGAGGGCUUUGAGAAGGAUUGGUCCUGGGUGGAUUCGGAAUCGAUAAUGACCUCCGAACCGGCACUUCACGACGUGGACUUUCUGAAGUUGUAUGCUCGACAACGACAAGGAUCUGAGAGCACCACGUAUAGUUCGAUAUCGCCAGACACCGUGGAGCCGCGACCCGAAUGGCGACGCAAGUCUUUCACACGCAAACGCGCAAUCUCGUUGGCUCCAAUACCGCUACCGCCACCCACCCUACUACCGGCGGUGCCACCUUUACCACAGCCCAGCACCUUGCGGUCCGUGGAGCAUGUGCGGUCGCCGCCUCCUCUUCCAUCACCCGUCGAUUCUGCUACUGAGACAAAGUACUACAAGGACGUUUCCGCCCGCUCGAAGUUGCGUGAGUAUCUGGCUUCACCUGAGAAAUUUGACGAAGCGCUGGAAUUUGGCUUUCGUCCUCAUCGCACUAAACAUGCACCUUCGAUGGAUGAAUGCGAUGACGAUCUCAACGAGGAUCUGGAGGAGCUAUCGAUUGCGAACAGCAAGGAUGAUGAGGAGAUGUCGUCGACAAUGUCCCCGAAGACACCUGCCGGUUCUGAAGAGCGUAGAUUUAAGCUUAAUAAGACUAGCUAUAAGCGCAACGACGAAUACGAGGUUAUCUACUACGCCUUCCGCUAUACGAAGUAUAGCGGCGCUAUCGCUACUUAA